GGUCACCUCCAGCCUCACUCAAAGUCCACAACUCAUUUGGUGCGUAGGCAGGGCGGAAAGGAGAAAAAUGGAAAAGGAAACUAAUGAUACACGUAGGAGUCGCAAAUUCCUCUGGUUAUACCGCUGCUGACAAAGCAGGCUUUACUUUGAGAUCUGCAGAGAUCUAGUUCUAUACUUUCGUGAGAAAUUUCAACCAAGACUUCCUUAUUCCUUGAGGCAUGUUCUCUGGUAAUCGGUCACUAGUUAAUGCAGUCUGCUUGUUUACAAGUCACUGUCUUGGAGUUAGAAAUUGAAAUAUCACAUUCUGGGAAAUACACCAAAAUAUAUUAUCGCUAGUAAUCGGAUAGUUAUUAACGCAAUCCGCUUGUUUACAAAUCAGUGUCUCGAAGCCAGAAACUGAAAGGUCAACUGGGAAAUAUACCAAAGAGUGUUAGUACUGUCAUUAGAAGUUCGUUUUGCAGGCCAUUUUUUAUAUAUCAUUUCAUGACAUCUCCCAUGGAUGGAAUUCAGAUCGUUGUCAUCGUGAUGCUCAUUCCAGCUCUAACAGGAGCCUUACCAGCCUGGAAAGUUCAACCUGUGAACUUCACUUCUGUCGUUCAGGGAGAGCACUUAACCCUCACGUGGGAAUAUAAAAUGGAUGGAACAUUUGAACAGGUUCAAUUUUCUCAUUUGACGGAUGCUGGGAAAGAGAAGUCGGUUGCUGUUAAGUCUUCAAUGCUUGGAAACGUAGUCGUUGCCUCUGAAUACCAGGAAAGAUUCAAAGUGAGAAUAUCAGACUCACAAACAACAGUAAAAAUUCUCAGAGCAAAGAAAGCUGACCUUGGAAAGUACAAGCUCGAGGUUAUAAACAAGAAAUUGAAAAAAAUAGACAGCGUGGUGGAGGUUUCUGUUUAUUAUCCACCAGCCAACACCGUUCUCUCAGUAUUUCCCAACAGCAGCGAAGUACUAGGGGGGAGUGUCUUAUAUGAGGAAUGCUACACAGAUGCCAAUCCUGGUCCACAUAUUUUUCUGUUAUACUUCAAUGGAAAUCUUAUUAGAAACAGUAGCUCAGGGGAGUUUAACGUAACCGUUGACAGCGAUGGAGUAUACACCUGUGCCCCUAUUAAUACAGUUGGUUCGGGAGACAAUGCGUCGUUCAGCGUGACUAUUGUUGGCAAGCCUAUAAUAGCUUCGGAGCCCAAAAGCGUUACACCAUUGGUAGGUGAGGCUACAUCUCUGAGGUGCCUUGCCUAUGGCAGUCCUCCGCUAGCUAUUACGUGGGCUCGUCAUGGCGUUGGAAAUGGCUCAGAGCUCUUUUUUCCAUCAGCGAGGUUCUCUGACCGUGGAUGGUACGGAUGCGUAGCUAAAAAUGGUCAUGGAGUCUCUUUUAGUUCACUUGCAUACCUCGAUGUAACCGAUAGUGCCAGUACCUUCAUUACUGGACGAGUGACAAUAACAAAUGAGAAUUUCGAUAAUAGCUUGGAAAAUCCAGCAAGUAUGAGAUAUCAAACCAUUAAAAGGCAUUUUGUUGAGGCGGUAGGGGAAGUUUUCAAGAACGACGUCACCUUCCACAGCACGGAUGUCACAAGAUUUGAAAAUGACAGGAAAGGAACUGUGAACAUCCUUUUUGUACUAGCGUUCAAAGAAGCUGUUCUAACAGAAAGAAAAAUCACUCUUUUAAAAAUCGCUGCCAGAGAAGGAAAACUUGGGGUCUUAGAUGUUGAUCCAGCCUCCGUAAUGGUUAUUCGUGAGACUGAGGAACCUGUGCUUGAAUGUAAUUUUGGAUGCAGACCGUCACGCUCACCGGAAAGUUUAGCUUGCUCAUGUGACAACAAAAUAUUCAGAGCAGUGACAGGAAUUCUUGUUUUAAUAAUCAUCGGUCUUCUUAUUUAUGUAUUCUUCCAGCACAGAAGAUCAGGAAUUGAAUCCAAGGAGAGGAGUUUUGAAAUGGCGAGAGAAGAAACUCGGCGUAGACCUCCAGGCCAUGAAAUUUCCAUUACUGGAGUCAAAAAAGGUGGAAUGCUGGCUAACCCCAAAGUCGCAGACGAAUCUGUUGCUGAAACGCCGGAAACAGAGGCCGAUACUGAGCCAAUAAAUACUGGAAUUAUUGGAUACGACCUGGCCCUGCCGGUCUCCAAAUCGUCUUGGAAAGUUCCACGAGAAAAUGUAACUGUAAGAGAAACAAUAGGCAAGGGAGCCUUUUCGCAGGUGGCCAGGGGAACAGUCACAAGUCUCCAUGGGGCUUCUGAAGUAACAGUAGUUGCAGUAAAAAUGCUUAAAGAAAACGCUCCUGCCUCAGAUAGGAAGGAUCUGCUCUCAGAGCUUGACCUAAUGCAGCAACUCAAACCUCAUCCAUAUGUCAUCAAACUACUGGGAUUUGUUGCAGAUCCGUUAUUGGUGUUGACUGAGUAUGUUCCAUUCGGAGACCUACUCGGUUAUUUACGAAAAAGUCGAGGACUGAACGACACUUACUACAGCAACCCGAAGAUCCCAGCAGAAACCACUUUGACGGCAGACAAACUGAUGAAGUUUGCUUGGCAGAUUGCCGAUGGGAUGAACUACUUGUCCUCUAAAUGUAUAAUUCAUCGAGACCUGGCAGCACGCAACGUGUUGGUUGGAGAAAAUGAGAACUGUAAAGUGACAGACUUUGGAAUGGCCAGAGACGUCCAGCAAGACACCAUAUACGAAAUGAAAACUAUGGGGCGACUUCCUAUUAAGUGGACUGCUUAUGAGUCACUUUGCUAUGGGACGUACACCACCAAAAGCGAUGUAUGGAGUUACGGGAUUGUCCUAUAUGAAAUCUUUACACUGGGUGGAUCGCCAUAUCCAGGUAUGGAAGGGAAAACGGUUCCAGAUUGGCUGAAGCUUGGAUACAGGAUGCCAAAGCCAGUACACAUCGACGACAAAUUGUAUCAAGUAAUGCUAGAAUGCUGGCAAACAGAAGCAAGAGAUAGACCGACAUUUUCUGACCUUACAAAGAAAAUGAAAAAAAUGGAAAAUCAACACAAGAGGCUUAUCCACAUGACGAAGUAUGACAAGACACUGUAUGUAAACGUUGAUGAUUCAUUUGUCUAGUAUAAAGACGAUGCACUCUUUCAAGAAGAAAACGCAAAAAGAAAAACAUGACUCAUCAGUUCGGAAGAACAAGCGAACAAUUCAAUGGAUAAUCAUAGGGGUAAUCAUCCUAUUAAAAUCGUUUGUAUGGUAGACUUACUAUACAUGAUUUUUUGUGAGUUUUAUUUCAUUUAAAAGUGACUUGUUACCUCUCCUAGCUUUUCCACUUAUCACGACUCACCGACAUUGGUUGGUUACCAACGUAACCUAGCCUCGUGUUAGUUCAGCGUUUUUUCGACAACCAUAAUUUACUUUUUGUGAUGGAACUAUUUCAUCAUGGAAAAAAAAAACUUGUUUUCGAUACAAAAGCUCGGACUUUAUUGAUUCGACUACAGACAUCAUUUAAAAAACAAUUAUCGCAGCCGAAGUUGUGUUUCAGGUCGCCACAUUGAGCAUAUCAUCCUUUGUAGUACAUUUAUACAACACAAAAAAAAAAUGAUUGAAGUCUCUUUUUAAUACAAUUAGCAAAGGCAUUUGAGCCUGUAGUGAGAUUUGAUUGUAUGCAUGUACUUGAAACCCUUCGCUCACCACGGAAAGCAUUAAAAUGAAUUUACCUAGGAAAUUACACUUGGGUCUGGGCACGUGGUACUCCAGUAAAAAUUUGACGAGAACCUGACGAACUCUCAAUUUUAUCAAGGAUAAAAAAAGAUUCCUUUUUAUUCACGAUGCUAUGCUUUCGUACCUCAAAAUGACAAGUCUUAUUGAAAGGUAAUUUUUUUUUUGUUUUGGUCCAUUAAUUUAUGAACGUUUUUAUUCAUAUACCAUUUUCUGAGGCCAACUCCAAUUUUUUAUCAUAAUUUCUUUUAAAUCUCAAAACGUAAUAUAAGGUAAAGUCGUUUCUUGCUGUCUUGUUAAUGAUACAUGUCCAUAUUAUUGAUUAAUAAACCCUCGCUGAAAACAAUGGCGUGCUACACUUCUAUCCUUAUAAUGUAGAAAGAAAAGAUCGCAGCUGCAACUGUUAUCAGUUGAAUAAAUUGUAUUCAAUGUUUAACUUAAGACUUUUUUAAAAGCUCCUCAGGGAUUCUUAUGAGUUCAGAGUAGAUUUAGGAACUACACAAUUAUUUUCUUUUUAACAGAGGGUUUUUUCUUUGGAAUAGUGUUUCAAAAAGAAAAGUAGAAUUACUACAGAUAGUUGUAUACACUGAGGUUAAGUCACUCCUGGUUUUUUUCAAACUACUCUGCUCAUAAUACUAUUAGGCAGCAUGGAGUCAUUGAAGAGUCAUUUCGAAUUUAUUUUCUCAGUGAUACGGUAGAAGUAGCGAAGGCGUCGCGAAGACGAUUGCUUCUCAAGUCCAAAGUUAAUAGAGUCUUUUAACUUGUAUUGCCACAACAAUAGCUGCCGCACAGUCGUCAGUUAUACAAUUGAACGAGAAACACAAAUUGAUCAAAGUAUUGUUGAGUUUGAUUACUUCAGCAAUCGAUCGAUGAAGCACCUUCAUUACUGAUACGAUACCUCCACAGAUUCAAAGUGUGUAAUCUUCUUCAGUUUGAUUGCCUUGGCAAUAGAUGUAGCACCGUCAUCACUAAUAAAAUUCUCCGAAAAAUUAGAA